UAUCAAGCUUGUUGUACAUCGAGGAUGAGGACACUGGCACAUGCGUGGAAACAUCGAUGGUGGUGUCGGCUAUGGAUCUGCUGCCCGGCUAGAGCAGUUGCACGCGCAUGUAGGAGUGAUGUGUCUUAUACCUCUCCCUUUGCACCCGCACCUCGUUAUCGUUUUCUGGAGACGACCCUGCUGUGUUCGCACGGAGGUUUUGCGCAGUCUGGGCUCUCUCGUAAUGAUUAGCCCUCCGCUCAAUAUCGUACGGCGGCAACAGGAAUUUGUGAUCUAGGGCUUGGUUUCUGAACAUGACACCACGGUGAGUUGCGUAGAGUUGAA